AAUCCGUUGAUUCAGCCAUUUCAAUUUUCAAAGAGACUAAUUUUUGUUUAUUUCAAAUAUCUGUAGACUUCUGACCGAACAUUAUGCACGGAUCUCCCUACAGGAGCGCUUGGUCAACUGAUAAGGAGUUGGGAAAAACUUACCGCAGAUAUUUGAUAUUUCCGAGAUUCAUGAUAAAUUGAAAACAUUUAAAUCCUCAGUAAGAUGUGAAGAUAGGAGGAAUCCACGCAAGAGUUCCAAGGACAUAUCCAAGAGAUAUGGAUCGAAGGUUUUAGAUUCUGAGAAUGAGUCGACAAUGUUAAACUUGCGAGCUGUUGUUGCAUUUAUAGAUUGCUUAGUUAGAAAUUACAUGAGGCCCAUCGAAUGCAUGCCUUUUCAUGAAAUUUCCUGCUUCAAGAAUGUUGAGAAGCUUCAAGUGGUUUCGAUUGGAGAUCCAAGAAGUCAAGCUGAUUUGUUGGAUUCACACAAGAUUUUAAGGUGCAGUUGCUGUAACAAAACUGGCAAUUCCCUAUUGCCAUCAAGACAGGAUUCCUCAAUUCUGUAUUCCCUGUCCGAGCACGGAGAUCUUAUCAAUCUUCACGAUUGGUUCCAGUCUUUUAGAACAAUUCUUCACCAAAGAAAUAAACGGAUACCGAAGUCAAAGCAGUCACCACAGCCAAAGAAGAGAAAAGAUACAGCUGGAUCUGGAGACGAAAAUGAAUCCCCAAUCCAAGCACGCUUUUGCAGAGCAGUUACAGAAAUGCAGAUCACCGGGAUGCUUAGAAUGCCAAGCAAGAGGCGCCCAGAUUUUGUACAAAGAGUAGCAUUAUGUCCCUUGUCAUUUCCUAAUUCUCUUAUUCCAGUGUAAUUAUAAUUUUAUUUUCUUAAAUUAUUUACUUCCUCAUACUCCGGUCAGCACUUCGAUUGAUGCAUCUCAUCCAACACACAGGAUUUUGAAGGUAAGGCCAAAAGGAAUAACUGUGUUUUAUAGGGCCUAGUAGAGUAAUAUAUCUUAUAGGGCUUGUUUGGGUGAGUUUUUAAAAAAAAAAAAUUUUUUUAGUUAU